AUGGUUCAUAUCCUGAAGUACAGUGCUGUGGUAUCACAGAGUAUGUUUCAUAUCCUGAAGUACAGUGCUGUGGUAUCACAGAGUAUGGUUGAUAUCCUGAAGUACAGUGCUGUGGUAUCACAAAGUAUGUUUCAUAUCCUGAAGUACAGUGCUGUGGUAUCACAGAGUAUGUUUCACAUCCUGAAGUACAGUGCUGUGGUAUCACAGAGUAUGUUUCAUAUCCUGAAGUACAGUGCUGUUGUAUCACAGAGUAUGUUUCAUAUCCUGAAGUACAGUGCUGUGGUAUCACAGAGUUUGUUUCAUAUCCUGAAGUACAGUGCUGUGGUAUCACAAAGUAUGGUUCAUAUCCUGAAGUACAGUGCUGUGGUAUCACAGAGUAUGGUUCAUAUCCUGAAGUACAGUGCUGUGGUAUCACAAAGUAUGUUUCACAUCCUGAAGUACAGUGCUGUGGUAUCACAGAGUAUGUUUCAUAUCCUGAAGUACAGUGCUGUGGUAUCACAAAGUAUGUUUCAAAUCCUGAAGUACAGUGCUGUGGUAUCACAGAGUAUGUUUCAUAUCCUGAAGUACAGUGCUGUUGUAUCACAGAGUAUGUUUCACAUCCUGAAGUACAGUGCUGUGGUAUCACAGAGUAUGUUUCACAUCCUGAAGUACAGUGCUGCGGUAUCACAGAGUAUGUUUCAUAUCCUGAAGUACAGUGCUGUGGUAUCACAAAGUAUGUUUCAUAUCCUGAAGUAUAGUGCUGUGGUAUCACAGAGUAUGUUUCAUAUCCUGAAGUACAGUGCUGUUGUAUCACAGAGUAUGUUUCACAUCCUGAAGUACAGUGCUGUGGUAUCACAGAGUAUGGUUCAUAUCCUGAAGUACAGUGCUGUGGUAUCACAGAGUAUGUUUCACAUCCUGAAGUACAGUGCUGUGGUAUCACAGAGUAUGUUUCAUAUCCUGAAGUACAGUGCUGUGGUAUCACAAAGUAUGUUUCAUAUCCUGAAGUACAGUGCUGUUGUAUCACAGAGUAUGUUUCAUAUCCUGAAGUACAGUGCUGUGGUAUCACAGAGUGUGUUUCAUAUCCUGAAGUACAGUGCUGUGGUAUCACAGAGUAUGUUUCAUAUCCUGAAGUACAGUGCUGUUGUAUCACAGAGUAUGUUUCACAUCCUGAAGUACAGUGCUCUUAAACUUUUUAUACAUAUAUCACAUGAUGGAGGGGCGUGCAGGUGA